AUGGAUUCGUCUCCAGAGAUGGAUAGAUUUGGCAUUUCAGACCAGGACUAUGAGUAUAUGUUUGAUCCUCUCAAGCGUCGAGGCUUCACCUCCAAAAAGCAGCAGAUAUAUGGUGUCUUCGCCUCGGAUUCUGACUCUGAAACUGAAGAAAGUGGCAUGAGUUCCAUGGCCUCUAUACGCAAGCGUAAGGGUUCAAACUAUUCUGGACCCAUCACUUUUGUCAGUGGUGGAAUUAAGGAGGGCUCAAAAUCUGCGGAAUCAGUGGUGAACGAAGAGGAUCUUGAUGUCGGAAUCUCAGAUGAGGAAGAGGACAAGCGGUUAUUUUCUGUAGACACUCAAGUGAAGGAACAUCCACCAAAGCAGAGUGCUUUUGUUAGGCAUGCUCCAUCUCGACCUCGUAAACCCAUGCCUUCGUCUACUAACCAGGGUUUUGGGUCAUGGGAACGGCAUACCAAAGGCAUUGGAAUGAAAUUGUUGCAGAAAAUGGGCUUCAAGGCUGGUGAGGGACUUGGAAAAGCUGGACAGGGUAUCGCCACUCCGGUGGAAGCAGUUAAGCGCGUUGGGAAAGGUGCGGUCGGUUCGAUGGGUCCCGAGGUCGCUCCCGCUCCCCGUAGAGGAAACGAACCAGCUCCGUUACCUGAAGGGCGCCAGGGUGAUAAUACUGAUCUCCCCAGGUAUAAGAAGAAAUCGAGUGUAAACGGUGACUCUGGAUCAGGAAAGACUUCCCACAAAGCGAUUUAUAUGUCUGCCGACGAGCUUAUUGCUAGUGUUAGUCCGGCCACACCUGCUGCGGCGAUCAAACUACACGGUCCUUUUAUUCAAAACAGCGAGUUGAGUAAGGUGAAGGUGAUUGAUAUGACCCAGAGGGAGCAGCGUGUUUAUGAGGGUUAUGAAGCUGCUUUGUCCAGUUCCUCGCGGCUUGGUCGACGUGUUGAUGAAGACGAUGAUGGUGUGGACGCAGAAUCGCGUAAGCGCGAGCAACGUAUUGAGGGCCGCUUCUUCGAGGUGCCUGUGCUCUGCCACAAUAUUGAUCUUGUUAUCAAGACAACUGAGGAUGAGAUCAGGCGUCUGGACCGUGGUGCGCGUUAUGAGGAGGACAGGACUGUUGGGCUUCAACAUGAAAUCGAUCGUCUCAGUCGGGUAGUGGAAAAGGCAGCGUUCGAUGUAGACGAGUUGACGUCAGCCCUCGAUCUUAUUGGUCAGUUCGAGUGCGCCCUGAAAAGAGGCGAAUGCGGUUCGAGUCCCGAGGCUUGUUCUUCGUGGCUCACACGGAUUCGACGAGAGUGUGCUGAUCUCUUCGAACUCCCUGCCCUCCUGGCUGCUGUGGCCCGGCCUCUACUAGAUAGCAUGCUGAUCAAUUGGAAACCUCUCGUUAAUCCAAGUUAUGGCGUAGCUGUGUUGAUGGAGUGGCGCAGCGCCCUGGACGAUGCAAGUGCUUUUGAGAUUCUCUUGCGAACGAGUUGGCUACCGCCAACACGACGCUGCGUCACCACGGAGUGGGAUCCGCAUGACUGUGAAUGUCUACUCGCCGUAUUUGAGGCCUGGCAAUCCAUACUGCCCGAGGAUCUUCUUCAACAUGACCUCCUCGAUGGACUUGUGCUGCCUCGUCUUCGAACCGCAGUAGAAGCGUGGAACCCCCUCACAGACACAGUGCCCAUCCACACGUGGCUGCACCCUUGGCUGCCGUGGUUCGGUGGGGCCUCUCGACUUGCCACUGUGCACGAGGUGGUGUUGCACAAACUAGCCCUUUGCCUCACUAACUGGCAUCCCUCCGACGCAUCCGCCAGCUCAGUCCUUUUGCCUUGGCGUAAUGUUAUCCCCAUGACCCAGAUGACUGUCUUCCUAAGUCGAAAUGUUGUGCCCAAGUUGGCUCUGGUCAUGCAAACUUUCCAGAUAAAUCCCGCUGAUCAGAACAUGGAACCCUGGAAUUGGGUGAUGCGGUGGCUAGAGAUUAUCGACCCCGCGAUAAUAGCUGACCUUCUUGAGCGCUUCUUCCUACCUCGCUGGCUUCACUGUCUCUCCGAGUGGCUUACUCAGGCCGUGGAUUCGCGGAACCGUCACGCCCCCUCCACCGGGCAGAUUUUCAGCGAAAUCGGCGCCUGGUACUCAGGCUGGAAGAGUCAAAUCCCAUCUGAGUUAACGGACUAUCCAAGUGUCAAGGAUGCCCUUACGAAGGCUCUCAAUUUCAUGGAAUGUGCAAUGCGCGGAAUAGCUCCGGAUGCUUUGUCGUAUGGGAGAGCACCGAAUUCUCAUAUGGCUUCAGGUCUUCCCGCCAGCAACGUUGCGCGUCGACCACCUUUUGUGCCUAUGGCACAACUCCCACCAUCAAAUUUGAGGGAGCAGGUGGAGCAGACAGCAGCUCAGAGAGGACUCCUCUUCCUUCCCAUUGCAAAUCGCUUCCAUGAGGGCAAACAAGUGUACCGCCUAGAGGCACAGCAGGUCUUUUUUGACCGCAAUGUUGCUUUCUGCUUCAACUCAUAUGAUUCCGGUUGGCACCCUGUCUCCUUCAGCGAACUCAUGGCAAUGGCAGAGUAG